AUGACUUUGAUUGAAAACUUAAACUCUGAUAAAACAUUCCUGGAAAAUAAUCAAUAUACGGAUGAAGGUGUAAAGGUUUACGAGUUCAUUUUUGGAGAAAAUUAUAUAUCAUCCGGAGGUUUGGAAGCUACCAAAAAAAUCUUGAGCGAUAUUGAACUUAAUGAAAAUUCGAAAGUUUUAGAUAUCGGAUCUGGUUUAGGAGGUGGCUGUAUGUAUAUCAAUGAGAAAUACGGAGCACAUACGCACGGUAUAGAUAUAUGUUCUAAUAUUGUAAAUAUGGCUAAUGAAAGAGUUAGUGGAAAUAACAAAAUUAUUUUCGAAGCUAAUGAUAUAUUAACAAAAGAAUUUCCUGAGAAUAAUUUUGAUUUAAUUUAUAGUAGAGAUGCAAUAUUACAUUUAUCUCUUGAAAAUAAAAAGAAAUUAUUCCAGAAAUGUUACAAGUGGUUAAAACCAACAGGUACCUUAUUAAUUACUGAUUAUUGUGCAGCGGAAAAAGAAAAUUGGGAUGAUGAAUUUAAAGAAUAUGUUAAACAAAGGAAAUAUACCCUAAUAACUGUGGAAGAAUAUGCUGAUACUAUUGCUGCUUGCAAUUUUAAAAAUGUUGUAUCAAAAGAUUUAAGUGAUUAUUGGAAUCAAUUAUUAGAUGUUGAACAUAAAUAUUUACAUGAAAAUAAAGAAGAAUUUUUAAAAUUGUUUUCAGAAAAUAAAUUUAUUAGUCUUGAUGAAGGCUGGUCAAGAAAAAUUAAGGAUAGCAAAAGGAAAAUGCAAAGAUGGGGUUAUUUUAAGGCCACCAAAAAUUAA